AUGCCCCCUACUGCAACAUAUACUAGCAUCUGUUCUGACUUUGAGACUACAAGGUUUAUCUUACCUGACCUUAUCAGCGAUUGUCACUAUCCGCUACGGCUGAAUCCUAACUGUUAUCCAGUGUCUCGCGCUUCUGAGCAAUGGCUUCUUGACGGAGCGCAUCUUGCAGAGCCCAGAGUGACAAAAUUUAUGGGAUUGCACGCAGGUGAACUCACUGCGGCCUGCUAUCCCGAUGCAGAUGCUUUUCAUCUCCGGGUCUGCUCGGAUUUCAUAAACUGGUUGUUCAAUAUGGAUGACUGGCUGGAUGAGUUUGAUGCCGACGGUACGUGGGGAAUGCGUGAAUGUUGCAUUUCUGCGUUUCGCGAUCCGAUCAACUCCCAGACGGAAAAACUCGCUGGAAAGAUGUGCAAAUCGUACUUCAGCCGCUUUAUGCAGACCGGGGGACCCGGCUGCACUGAGCGAUUCAUCCACACAAUGGACCUGUUUUUCAUUGCUGCGGUGAAACAGGCGGAGGACCGUGCCACGGGACGUGUCCCUGAUCUUGAAUCCUACAUCACCAUGAGGCGAGACACGAGUGCCUGCAAGCCUUGCUUUGCCCUCAUCGAAUAUGCAGCUCUGAUUGAUCUCCCCGACGAAGUAAUGUCACAUCCAGUUAUCAUGGCCAUGGAGGAAGCAACCAACGACCUUGUUACUUGGUCCAACGAUAUCUUCUCUUACAACGUGGAGCAAUCUCGCCAUGACACACAUAACAUAGUUGUCGUGCUUAUGCGCGAACAAGGUUUAAACCUACAAGGCGCUAUUGACUACAUUGACCGGAUGUGCAAGGGUUCCAUCCAGCGCUUUGAAGACAACCGUGAUAUCCUCCCCUCAUGGGGAGAACAGCUUGACAAGCAGGUGGCUAUCUAUAUCGAAGGGCUACAGAACUGGAUGGUUGGUUCGUUGCACUGGUCCUUCGAUACCACCCGUUAUUUUGGGAAGAAUGGGCACACCAUCAAACAAGACCGAAUCAUCGAAUUACUUCCCAAAAGGCCCUUGUAG